UUUAAAUAAUCCCUCCCAAAUUAAUGUAGUUAAGAAGUGGUGUACUAAAGUAGCCUCCAACAAGAAAUUAUAUUUCAGGUUAUCAAAUAUUUUAUGCAUAAAAAUUUCCUGAAUUGAAAAAAGAAGGUAAAAUUUAAGUAGGUGAUGCUGGUCAUAAGAUAUCUGAAAUGUGGAGAAAUUUAGAUGAUGAUGAGAGAUCAAAAUUUGAAGAUGAAUUUCAUGAGAUGGAAUCUAAAUAUAAGGAAGAUUUAAUUCUAUAUUAUGGAGGAAGUACAUCAGAUAUUAAAAAAUAUAAAACAUUAAUGGAAAUUCCAGAAAAGCCAAGAAAACCUGCUCCUGCUUGUCUAGUCUAUAUUGCAGAACAUAGAAAAGAAUAUAGUUAAGAAAAUCCUGAUUUUAAUACAGCAAAAGUGACAAAAAAUUUAGCAGACCAAUAUAAUGUACUUUCAGCUAAAGAAAAAAAAAAGUAUGAAGAAGACUUUGAAAAGAAAUUGUAAUAAUAUCAUAAAGAAAUUGAAGUUUGGUAAAAGUAAAGAUUUUAUUUUAAUAAAAAUAGAAAAUUUUCUGAAAAGUAAGAAUAAUUUGAAAAAUUGCUUGAAGAAAAGUUUAAAAGAUCUGCUUCUAAAUAAGAUUUAGAAUAUUAGGAAUUACCACCUUACAAAAGAGGACCCAAAAAAAUGAAAGAUGAGGAAGAAACUGCUUCAUAAAAAAAUAAUAUGAAAGAAAAAGAUAUAAAGAAAGAAGAAAAAAGAGAUGAAAAAAAAGAUGAUAAAGAUAAGUAUUUAUAAUUAAUUAGAUUUAGAUAAAAAAACACUAAAAAUGCCAAAGAUGAAGGCAAAGGUGUUUAAAAUAAAGGAGAAUCAAAAAAAUAAUUAGAUAAUAAAGAUUAAAAAGAUGGAUAAAUGAGAAGAAAAUCUGGUUAGAGAAGAUGUUGA